AGGAAAACUGAGAUAGUAAGGAAAAGCUACGGGAGGAAGGACCAUGGAGGGAGAAAGCUGGAUGAGUUAGCUUGUUACUUUUAAGGCAUUUUUUGGUCUUUUAACUUUUCUCACUUGCACAAAUUAACUUGCACCAGCGCGACGACACCCAGUGAGCAUUUUAUGGGAUCGGAAUACGCCGUAAAGCUCACUAACAGUCAAACAGUGAACGGCAGUGGGAAGGCGGACGGUUAGCACAACCUGACCAAAGUUAGCUGGCUCUGGCUAGCCACCGAGCUAGCAAGAAAGGACAAAAAAAUACAGUGGGAAAGGAGUCCGCACCAAAAAAGUGCGCGUUCUGCUCUAAGUAGUUAGUAAUGUCGCCUUCGGGGAUUCACUUCACAUACAGAUGAGAGAAACAAGUCGGCGACUGGGGACCAAGGAGAACAACUGCGAGCCAGAAUACAACUGCUAUGUUGGGGUUGAUUCACUGCUCUGGCAGCCCGUCUGAGUCCCGAUGUUGGCCACACUCGGUGCUGUGGAGACUUGGAGGCUUCUUCUUCGUUCUGCUGCUGGAAGGGGCCGGCUGCCUCUCCAACCCAAGCAGCGCUCCGGGCGUCAACAAUAACAAUCACCCCAGUGUCAACAUAUACAUGAGUGUGGAGGAAGUGAAGAAGCUUUUGGGCCUAGAUGCAGAGCUCUAUUACGUGCGGGAUGAUGUUGUGAAUCAGUAUGCACUCUCCUUCACCCUACCUGUACCCAGUGAGACCAACAGCCUCCACUUUACAUGGCAUUCCAAGAGUAAGGUUGACUACCGACUUGGCUUCCAGGUAGAGAACCCUGCUGCCAUGAACCAGCCACAGAGCAACAUCUCUAGUCAGGGAGAAGUGCCCCGCAUUACCUCUGUGUUUAGAGUGGACCUUUUCUGUUCUGGCAAGGUGGAUGGAGAGGCCGUUGUGACAGUGCAGCUCAACCUGACCAUCCAUGCCAACAACUUCACAGUGCUCAACUUCAAGAGGAGGAAAAUGUGCUAUAAAAGAAUAGAAUCUGACCCAAAGAUCCCUUCACUUUCCAACAAUAUCACUCUUCAAAGGCCUGAAUUAGAUGGUGUGACCACCCCCACCACCUCCACCCAGGUUUUCUACAUCAGUGUAAGCGUCUGCUGCAUUGUCAUCUUCCUGGUGGCCAUCAUCCUGGCCAUCCUGCAUCUGCACAGCAUGAAGAGAGUGGAGAUGGAGGACAGUGUGAGUGACAGUGGAAGCUCUCAAGGUCUGUCUCAACCAUCCACCCAGACCACACAGUACCUGAGGGCUGAUACUCCGAACAAUGCAACCUCUGUCACCAACAAUCACCCCGGUUCUGCACCCAUACUCCAGCUUGCUGCCGCCUCCUUCCCAAACCCUGGUGUUCCCUCUCACGAAACCAAAAGCUACCCAUCCCUCCGUAUAGAGAAGAAUGAUCUGAGGAGUGUGACCCUCAUGGAAGCCAAAGCUAAGGUGAAAGACAUUGCCAUCUCCAGGGAGAGAGUCACACUACGGGAUGUUUUGCAUGAAGGCACAUUUGGCCGCAUCUUCCAUGGUGUGCUCUUAGAUGAGAAGGACCCCAGCAAGGAAAAGCAGGUCUUUGUGAAAACAGUGAAAGAUCAUGCAUCUGAGGUGCAGGUGACAAUGAUGUUGACUGAAAGCUGCAAGCUUCGUGGCCUUCAUCAUAGAAAUUUGUUACCCAUAUGUCAUGUGUGUACGGAGGACGGAGAGAAGCCCAUGGUGCUGUUGCCCUUCAUGGCUUGGGGGAAUCUGAAGCUGUUUCUGCGGCAGUGCAAGCUAGCCGAGGCCAAUAACCCACAGGCGAUCUCUCAACAAGACUUGGUUUACAUGGCCAUACAGAUUGCAUGUGGGAUGAGCUACCUGGCCCGCAGGGAGGUCAUACAUAAAGACUUAGCUGCCAGGAAUUGUGUCAUUGACGACAAUAUGCAGGUGAAGAUCACAGACAACGCCCUUGCCCGGGACCUGUUUCCUAUGGAUUACCACUGUCUAGGGGACAAUGAGAACCGGCCUGUCCGCUGGAUGGCCCUGGAAAGUCUCCUCAACAAUGACUUUUCUAGUGCCAGCGACGUGUGGGCUUUUGGAGUGACCUUGUGGGAGCUGAUGACUCUGGGUCAGACGCCCUAUGUUGACAUUGAUCCUUUUGAGAUGUCAGCCUACCUGAAGGAUGGGUACAGAAUAGCACAACCAAUCAACUGUCCAGAUGAACUGUUUGCAGUAAUGGCUUGCUGUUGGGCCCUGGACCCAGAGGAGAGGCCGAAGUUUCAGCAGCUUGUUCAGUGUCUCACAGAGUUCCAUGCAGCAUUGGGGGCCUAUGUCUGAACACAAAUGUUCAGCUUUUUUUGCUCCAAGAACAGCAAGACCAGAAGCUGAUGGACAGUCCAAAUCAUGAGGAAUGCAUUUAUAAAAUUGUGCCUUAUCGAAAGAAAGAGCAGACUUUCACCCUGGUAUUUCUAUUUUGUACAGUACUUUGGAGUUUUUAUAUAGUUGAACUACAUUUUACAGCAUAGCAAAGUGACACGGUUUGUUUUCAAAGCAGAGUAAGUAUUCUUUGUGGAAGUCAUAUUACAUAUGCUUUGAAAGCAUUUAGAAAUGGCAAUAGCGGUGGACUCUCCUUGCCAAGACGGCCUAAAUGAUGGAUAGAUGUCCUCAUCUUUACAGCACAUCACUAUUUAGAGACUGUCUCAAGACAACCUUAUGUGCCAUUGUACAGCAUCAUUUUUAAUCGACUUAAGCCCCUGACCACUUGGUUUUUAAGACAGUAUUUUCCAGUUUGUAACUUAGUGAAACAGUAUAAAUUGUUUUAGAUAAGCUGGGUGAGAGUAAUUCUACAACACACUGAUGUGGGUACCAAAGUAGACUUGUGGCAUCUGUAUAUUUUUAACUGUUUUCUCAACAUGCUGCUUCACUCUGCAAUGAUAAACUUUAGUUUGGUACGAGAGGCCCGUUGGGAGCCACUUUUAUGUUUGAUGAGUGGCAAUUGAGAGCUUUUCUUACACCUCUCGAAAUGGUACUCGGUGUCCUUUGAGAGACACAGUAAAAUUGGGCCACAGAUGAGUUUUCUUUUUUCAAGAUUCACCAUGCCAGCAGUCACUGGAGACUUCAUGGUUUCUGUAGUCCAAACCGUCAGAAAAUUUUUGAACCUGCAGUGCGGAUCAGACUGUGAAUGCCACAGCCCAACAAGGUCAGCAGUGCAUACAUGUAUGAACUUGAUUUUAAAUGACAUGAACACUGUUUUCAGUUCUUUGGAAUGCCCCCCUUCCCUUUAGUAUUAUUAUGUUGUUUUUUUACCUUGUAUAUACCCACUUUCACAAAUUUCACUCUUCCAAACAGGGUUAUCUUUAUUUUUCAGUUUAUGUUUGAUUGUUCUGCGUCAGAACACAGCCUUUCACAGGAUUUUUAGAAUGAUUUUUGUGAAUAACUAGAACACUAGUAAUCACUGUGAAACACAAAACUGCCUAAAUGGCUUGGUCUAAUGUUUUUCUCACACCUUUAACAUCUUUGUGAUGUGUCUUUAUGGUCACUGCAUGUUGAAUUAAGGGUAUCUUGUAAACUGCCUCCUGAAUUCAUAAACACAAAUUAAACAGGAUCUGUUAAAUAUUGAA